CUAAAAGUUGAAUCAGGCGUCACCUCUUAAUCAAGCAUUUAUAGUUCUAAACGUCAGCAUUAAUAUUUUGCAAAACUCCAUAACUCAAGAGGAAAUAAUGAAUCAAUUGUAUUGACUAAAGGUUUUGGUGAACACUCGUAGGUGAGUGACAAUAUAUGGAACAUAUAAAACAGCCAGCUUUGUAGCUUUAAUUUUAGAAUUUGUGACGUCACGCGUGCUUGACCUCUCUAUUGCAUCAGGAUUGCAUGAUAAACCUUGCACGUCACGCAAAGGCAUAGCUAGGAAUUUUUCCGCUAACCAAUCACGUUACCGAAAUUGAUUUUUCACUUCGUCCGAACAAAUUCGCCUAGUGGAAAACCGGUUUAAGUGAGAGCAUAGGAGUAGGAUGGGAUAGUGUAGUCACAGAAAUAUUGUCCAGGAUUUAGUUGUAUUACAGUUCUUCUCACGACUCUUAACUAAAUAUAAGUGCAGUAUAUGUUUGUAGCCUUCAAACCGCAGGAAUGUACGUGGUAUUGAGCCAUGCUAUUUUUCCAUUCGCUUGUAUUGAUACAAGAUUUAUAUAACAAACCAUAUAUGGAAGUUGAUUUUCGUCGAGGAAAUCGGGUGUAAUCAAUGCAAGUAACAAAUAAAAAGAUAAAUAAAAUAAAACAAAAUUUAUCACAACAAAGGGUGAUAUUUAGGUUAUUACAUUGCUUAUCACCCAUGGUUUCCGAAAGAAUCCAUUCUCAGGUGAAUAGAAUAAUAAAAUAUUUCUUAACGUCAAUGACGAAUUCCUUCGGGGGGUGAGGCGGGACUUUGGAGCUUAAACAAUCCACAUUCCCUGAGCCAAAUUCUAACAAAAUCCGCAUCCUCACGCAAAAAUUGCCAAUGGCAAUGAAAUUCCACAGUAAAGUGUUUCCUCAUUCCGUUGAGCAGAAAACAAAACUUCAAAGAAUUUCCCAUUCCAAAAUUCAUCCUCAUUCCCCGAAACUUUUAGUGUAGCGCCAUCCCCCCCCCCCCCCCGGUCCCCCAGAGCCGCUACGCAGGCUACGAUGGUUUUUUAACUUCAGUAUGUUCAUGACAAGAAAUCGCCCAAUUUCAUGAGAAAUCGCCCAAUCUACCACAUAUAUUUUAACAUUAGUUAAUAAAUAUAUUUUAACAUUAGUUAAUAAAUAUAUUUUAACAUUAGGUAAAUAUAUUUUAGUCAAUGCUCAAAAUAAUCCAUGGUGGGUGAUGGCCAUUUCCUCGUUCUAGUCCGUCUUUCAAAACUAAUCGAAACACGGAUUAAGCACAUUGAUAUUAUACAUACCAAUGAUUAAACACCACACGUUUAGGAAUAAUUGAUAAGUUUGGGUUAACUGUCAUAUUUUAAUUUCCUUCAACUCCCCAACCGUAUCAUUGCGGCUUUUGUCUCCUUUCAAAAACUCUACAGGAUAUAAAUUUUACUGACAAGAAUUGAAACAUUGCCAAAUUCUUUAAAUGAGCCCAUUUUUACUCUGGAAUAUCUAACUCAAUACCUAACACAAUUUGACCACAACUAUUAAUAUAAUGCAAUUACUACGUGGACAGAUAUCUUUAUGGGUUCAUUCCGUUCCAUUGAAAGCUCGAAUGAACUGGGCUCGAUUCCAGCAAACAUUGGGCUAAACCUUGCCCGCGUGCAGGGCCACCGAGGGAAGAAUAGUGGCCUGCACGCGGGCUAGACUAAAUCUUGCUUGCAUACCAUGGCACAAGCUCACUGAAAAGUUCUAAAUGAUGAUGGUGACAAUGUUCAUCAGAUUGUCCGACUUGUAAACCAUUUUGAAUGAAGACAAUGGAUUUUACCCUUGCAGACGUUCCAAAAACAGUGCCUUCAUGUAUUUAUAUUCAACAUUGCGCAUGCCUACACUGGAACUCCAAAUUCAAGAUAUUAUCCCAGAGUCAUAUAAAAUACCCACAGAUGAACUUGCAGACAACAAAUACAAUGCUCCUAGGUAUUUUCACUCUACACAAUUAAAGGGACGUUUCCCGAGAUAAAUCUUAGUUUUGAAGAGCUCUACGAGAUGGACCAAGAAUACUAUAAAUAUCGCACUUCCCGGGAAGCAUGCAUUUAUAAGCAACCUUGGCUUUAGACCCUCGUUUUCGUGACUGAGAGACACGUCAAGGAAUGCAAGUUUCCACAAGUCGAUAAUUCUUCUUAUAACAAUGACUACUAAUUUUUCUUUUACUAUUGUAGAAUAAUUUUAUAGUGUUCACUACGAAACUGAAGACCAAACUUCUAUUUACCCGUAAAGUGAAGAAAAAAACGCUACUUUUUGUAGUUUAUAAAAAGUGGUUAACUCUUAAAAAGUGGUUAACUCUCAAAUGCACAACUCUGAUUGUCUAAUUUCUGCACUAACUGUAGUCAACUUCAAUUACUCUUUCACAGUAUACAACCAGCUCUAGGAGAACAACAAAAGUCAUGCUAUGGGUCAAUAAGUGCAAGCUAAUAUAUAUUGUAUUUAACUUGUUCAGGUUUAUACAAUGUUGUGCAUUACAAAUUACAUUGAAGCAAUCACCCAAUGACAUUAUUUGCUCAGAUCACUCAAACAAUGCUGUAAGUUGAAAUGUUAAUCACAAAAAUUCAUGCAAUAUAAAAGGCUUGCUUUAUUUUUGGGAUCCUCUAAAAUUGGGGGCCCUUGAUAGGUUGGGGGCACAGGGCAAGUUGCCCCCCCCCCCCUCUCAGCAGCAUGCCAUGGUUUUCAGAUCAUACCUGUAUAUAGAUUGACUAUGUUGCCAAUGAUAUUGACAUCAUACAGGGGAGUUUCAUUUACCAUCAUGUAGCAGGGGAAAUGUAAACAUAAAUAUGUAAUACUCAACCCAGACAACAAAGAUGUAAGUUAGGGUGCACUGGAACUUGGUUUGGGCUGGUUAGUUCCAGCCGGAACCCCGAUUUUUGAGAGUUCUGGUUCUGGCGAGAACUAAUAAAAAAAGCUUGGCCAGAACUAGAACUCUUUCGUUUUCAGAGAGAUAGAAUAUCAAACGUUUUGUGUCUAACAAAAGUUCACAGUAGGAAGAAAUUUGGACUACACAAGGAAAAUGACACUAUUAAGUAAACACUUUAUUAUGACGUUUAACGUUUGUCAAUCUUUUUAUGCUAACAUGUGAGAGCUCUUUUCUUGAUGACUUGAAGUGUCUGCCUGUCUGGCAGCAGACAAAGUAACAUAUGACUCUAUAUGGCUCAAGUCAGUUCCGGUUCUGGCUGGAACUUUUUUCCAGUUCCAGUCAGAACUUUAAAAAUUGGUUCUGGUGCACCCCUAAUGUAUAAGUACAUGUUCAUAUGUAACAUGAGUAUCAUGAUGCUCUAUUUUACAAAUAAUAGCCUGACACAAACCUUAAUCCGAUCGCUUUCCACCCACAGCAAAGUUUAUAUUUAGUAUCCAAUCAAAAUGUUGCAGGAGAAAUUUAAAUUUCACACAACGACAACAACAAUCUAAUUAUAGUUGUGAUCAUUAUAAAAUACGGCAACAACAAUAGUAUAAUCUAAUUAGCAGUCCAACCAAUCAAAUGACAGAUUAAAACUCUUUUGUCUCAUAGACCAAUCAGAUUUACAACCGAAAUACGGUUGUAUGGCAUGGACUUUUGUUAAAGUUUGUAUCAGGCCUAUUUAUUUAUAUAUAGGCCUGAUCGCAGGUUAGUUCAUAUGGUGUAUACCCAGCACGACUGAGGUUCUUGGUUAUCUCGCUUAUAGGUAGGGCAAUGCAGUUCCCAUAAAAAUGCAUGAUCAAUAUUAACCCUUAAGUGGCAUUGCACCUUGGUGCAUGCAUCCUACUUUAUUAUUUUACUCUAAUGCCAGACAAUUUUUCUUGUCAAAGGGAUAUAGUGCUGCCCAGGGCUCGAAUUUUAUCGCGGCAAUCGCGGCAAUUGCUGUAGAGGGAGAACAAAAUGCCGUGGAUCAUUGCGGCAACGACGGCAAUUUUUUGCCGUAUAGUGCAAUUUUUAUACUGUUCAUUGUGCAUUACUAUUUUGAUACUUGAAUUCAGAUGUUGAUCAAUCUCAGUUUUCUUCGAAAAAAAAACCCCACUAAAGAAAUACAUAGACAUGUUUCUAGCUUGUCAAAAAUCCAAAGUAACAAUAAAAUUAAAGUUUUAUUACAGUAAUUUGAAAAAUGCCAUGGAAGCUGUCAAAAUUGCCGUAGGCAGCUGUUACGUUCUACGGCAAUUUUUAACGCCAUUGGCGUCGAUUGAUUUCAGGGAAAUUCGAGGCCUGGUGCUGCCAAUCAAUGGGUCAAAAAGGGAAAUAUAACAGACCCCAAACACCAGCCCCCUAAAACAUACAUAUAACAUCAAGGACGUACAAACAACAACUAUAUGCAGUGUAGAGGCAACAUUGACAUUGUGUCAGUCAGUUAGAGAAUAAAAACCUGAACCUUGCCUGAAUCCAACCUCCAUCUUAACCCUGACAGACCUUAAUCCAAACCUCCAAGCUGGAGGUCAACAGAUGGUCUAAAUUGCAGGUUACAUAUCUUGGUGGUUGAAUUUUGGACAAAAAAGACCCCAGGUCAGGGUUGGGGGUUGGAUGUGGGCUAGAACAACAUGAAAAUACCUAAGUCAAUCUGAAGUCAUGUCAUCAACCUGCACCAAUGUGCAACCUGUAAGGACCCUAGUGCGGAAAGUUUGUAUCACAGUCAGACUGGAAACUUUGCAGUGUGCACAGAAGAUCUUCCGUGCGCACACAGAAAUUCAUGUGCGCAAAAUUCUAUUUUCACAAGUGUCAAGUGCGCACUUGGCCUGUAAAAGAUAAAGGUAUUAAGCUUUUACAUGCACAAAAACAAGUGUUGGGUGCGCAUAAUUUUACAAAAUAAAAUUCUUCUGUGUGCAUGCACAUAACAAAGUUUCCAGUCUGGUUAAUCACAGCUAUUAGAUUUUUGGGCGUGCAAUUUCCAAACUGUUAAGUCAGCACGGGAACUGUGACUGACCAUCAGUCAACCUCAUUAAUAGCACACGGUAGGCCAGAUUUGGAAAGUUUGUAAGAUGCAGGUGAUAUCAAAUUCUGGAUACCAUGUUGCAUGGGCAACCUCAAAAUAUUAGGUAAGUGAACCUAAUUGUCUUGAAGGUCUGAAAACUGUGGAGGAAACUUUCCAAUCUGGGCGUUGACAAUAAACAGCAGCAUUAUGCAGGACAGCAGGAGACAUAAGUACCUGAACAAAAUACAAACAGAACGUGAUGAGGCCCCAAGAACAUUGAAGAGACCUACGAACGAAGGUCUAAGAACUUUGAAGUUCUGUUUGUAUUAUUCAGGUAGUCGUAUCUUCUAUCGUAUAACACUGUUGUUUUUCUCAAUGCUUGAAACCAUGUGGUAUCAUUUUAAUAUAUCGAAAUCAUAAAGGGAAAUUAUUGUGUCAGAACAAUAGUGGGCACUUGAACACUUCCUUUCGAUAUCUACUGUACCUUGUUCAGUCUGUUCAUUCUCAGUGGUUCAUUGGCAGUUGUAGUCAGACAGUGCACUGAACAUGAUGAUGCUUGACGAGAUAAUACGGUUCCACUUUCAAGAUAAUACAAUUCCACUUGUGCAAAAUUUGCAAGAUAUAACAAACUCAUCCUUUAUAAAUUAUAAUAUUAAACGAAUAAAAUAGUGUGUAUAUAUGAUGUUAGAAAUUUAUUUCCACGUGCAUUCAAAUUUUUUCGGCUAAUUCUCGUAGCGACGUGUAGACCCGAAUGCAGUCCGAUUUAUUCCGACGGGAUUGUUUAUAAAUGAAACUUCUGUUGCUUGGUGGCGAUUUGACAUUUUUAUUUUGUUUUUAUGUUCUUGUAGCGUACAGUGUAUAUAUUCUAUUAUUUAUAUUUCAACUUUUGCCAUGAACAUUGAUAGUAAUGGAUCGGAUUCGCUUCGACAACAGUUCCAACUACUUCAAGAGCAACAUAAAAAGAAGCUAUUGUUACGUAAACAAAAAUUAUCUACUCGGACUGAAGUGACAGAAGAACAGAAACCUGAAUAUUUGAAUGGGGGGAAUAGUCAUGGUUCGAUUGAAGAUCUAGAUAAUCUUGAACUUCAGGUUAGGUUACAACCAGCUUGUGGUGAUUUAUUAUUCUCACUGAUAUCGGAAGUAUUGGAACCAUCAAUCCAUCAUUUUAUAGUGAUCAUUCAAAUGAUUCAAUCCAGUGAGAAUAUAAAUAUAUACCAAAUUCAAUGAAAGAUAAUGAGAUUUACAAUGAGAAAUACCACCAACAUGGCUGCAAUCGACCUACAGUAUAUACAUAUUGUUCAAUCAAAGGACCUGAUCAUGCGAGUGUGGUUACCAACAGGGAUGGAUCCAGCAUGAUCUGGUAGGGGGGUGCUCUGCCAGCUCUGGUGCCGAGUUGUGUCGGUCAUGUGUGCCGCCUGGUCAUCAACUUGCUUCACUACUGCAGAGUCUUGCUUGACUACUGUAUUUGAAUUGUAAUUGUUGUUCACAGUUCGCUUAUCAUCAUGUUAUCGCUCAAAUUACUGUAUCUCAUUUUGUCUCUAAUAAUUUUUUGCUUUAUCAUGAAAAAUAGCACCCCCCUCCCCAAUAAAUCCAUCCCUGGUUAACAAUACCAUAAUAUCCCACUUACCUAUAUGAUCUCAACAAAAUUACCGAUACUGAUAUUUACUAAAACAUUUUGUCAAUUUCCCCAAUAUGGAGCGACCUGACGAAGUCAAACUCCCGUCCCUGGGUAAAUAAUUUAUAGAAAGUGAAAGAAAUUUUCUGAUAAUAGUCAUAUACACAAAAAAAUUAUAUUAAUAAUUAAAUGAACAACAGUAUAAAAUUAGUCAUAUGUUUAUAUUUAAACUGUUUUAAAGAUGCGGGUACAGUCCGUAUGUAAACGAAGGCUUUGUUUACAUUUCGGUAUCCAAAAUAUUGAAUUUUAUUCGACAACUAUUUAUAUUUUCAUGAUUCUAGAGUAUAAUAAAUUAUCAAGAGACAACAAUCAAGCUUUGCAAGAACAUAAAAUGAAUUAAAAACCUAAAUGAACUGUUUGUAAAUAAAAAGAGGGCUCCUUUGUGCACAUGCGCAGAUCGGACUGUACCGCAUCUUUAACCCUGGUUUUAUAUCAUAGAAGAAAAUGCUCUUUAUUCUUCUUCUUGUUCUUUAUUAUAAAAACAAACUAAUAUAUUUAACUCACCUUUUUAAAACAUAUUUCUAUUGCCAAAAAGUGAAAAAGUAUGUAGAGAAAAUCUCCAGAAAAAUCAUGAACAAAAGAAAAAUAUGGUGCUGUUUUCCACCAACACUGCCACUGAUCACACAUUUUUUAAACUUGUUCCCAGGCCUCAUAAUGAAAAAUGUGAGAUCAAACUUCUCAAAUUCCCGACCCUCGGGACGCAUGUUAUUGUCAAAUUCCUGACCCAGGGGAAGCAGGUACAGUAGCUGUCAAAUCCUGUGGGUACACCCGAUAACCCCCCCUGGGGCAAACCACUGAUCGACUGGUGCAUAAAAGUGAAGCAGGUUUGGCAGAUGAAGUUAGUCUGCUUUCCCUUACAAAUAAUUAUUAAGUUAAGUUAGUGGCAAACAUUUUUGGGUAAAUAAUCUACAAUCAGGUGUAUCAAUACCUGACCAAUAACAAAUUGUUUUCAAAUCAUCAGUUUUGUUUUCGUGCUAUUCACUCUGUUACCUGCACUACUGGAAGCGACUGAUAGUUAGUCAUUAAACAUCGACCGUGAUAAUAUUAAUGCUGUUGUAUUCCUUGACGUGAGAAAGGCUUUGGAUACAGUGGACCAUUCCAUCCUAUUAUCUAUUUAGUAAGCUAAAUUAUUAUGGACUAGGCAAUCACUCCUUACAUUGGUUUAACUCAUAUCUAAAAGACCACACACAAACAUGUAUAGUAAAUAGCUGUAGGUCAUCAAACACAGUACUUAGGAGUGGUGUACUUCAAGGGACUAUCUUAGCCCAGUCUCUUAUUUCUGAUUUAUAUCAAUGACUUACCCAAUUGUUUGACCUUUUUGCAACCAAGAAUGUAUGCUGUUGAUACCAGCAUUACAAUUAUAUGCUAGUGAUGAUCGAUAUAACUGAGAUAAGUGAACCUGUUAAUUUCGACUUGAGCAAAAUACAUGUUUGGCUUGCAGCCAAUGCUCGAACGUUUACUCAAAGGAUAUUCUCAACCUCGCACAAUAUAUGACGUGUUUUUCAAUGUAUUUUGCAGUUAAACAGUGAUUCGAAUGAUGGUUUUUCAAUUCAGCAGACGUUUGAAUAUGACAAUAAAAUAAGAGUAAGUAAAAUUCUGCGGUCUUUUUAAGUAGUUCAGUGAUUACAAGACUUAGACCGUUAGGCUGACUUCGUUGUUCAUGAAGCAAUGCAUCCAACACUGGUACUGUAUUUAUACUUUGUUUGCUACAUAUAUACGUUGAUGUAGUGUGAUGAUAAUCCUCUUGCCUUAGGAAUUAAAAGACGAAAAUGGAAGGCUGUAUAAGUUGUUAGCUGAGCGUGAUGAAGAAAUGAGAAUACUGCGCAAACAAGUCAAUCAAGAACGGCAAGCAAUCGCUGGUGAGAGAUUACAGUCCUAAGACUAAUUUCCUCACCCUUCUCUCAAAGAUAAAUGAAAUCUUUAUAAAAAUGUGAAUAAUUACUUAACAGUUACAAUUUUGUGCACUCAGUUAACUUACUUUAAUUACGUCUUGCCUCUAUUAGACAGAUUUAGCCGAGGACGCGGACGUCAAAGACGACGUGAAAAUGGCGUGGCAUAUCCAUACAUGGGCACAACACGCCAUUUUCACGUCGUCUUUGACGUCCGCGUCCUUGAUCUAAAUCUGUCUAAUAUUAUCCUCUAUUGUCUUCCUUCAUCAGUGAUUUCACUGUUUCUAGCAGAGAACAAUCACGAUGUCAAUGAACGGGGCUCUCAGGGGUGUCGGAGCCACGAGAGCAGCGGGUUUAGAUGCCCCCGUUGCCCAAACAGUGCGGGGAUAGCAGGUUGCCUUUUUUACAAGAACUACAUGAACACUUCGAACGUCGUGCGUUAUCAACUGUUUUCAAGCAAUUUAGCUCAAAUUUAAAUCUGGAAUUCAUGCAACGAAUAAAAAUGUUCCAAUUAAUGCCGAAAUUUGUCUAACGAUAUUGGCUACAAGUAAUCAAGUAUCUGUAUAGCAACGAACAUUGCCGCCCACAAACAUUAAGACUCAGAAGUAAGUGCCCUUUUUAAAUGGCUGCUCACGUCGCCAUCUGCGAGGCUCGACCCAAAACACGAACAUUUUUCUGCAGGGUGAUGACCAGCUGCGAUGUUAAGGAUAUACAUGUACAACUACUUGAAAGGCCCUUCUUGGGUAGUCACUACUAACUUCCCAAAGAAGGGCCUUCGCUCGAAACGUCGAAGGUUUGUUUUUCAGGUAGUUGUAUAUCCUUCACGCUAUAGCUGUCUGUUAUCGUCUCUACUUACACUGGCACCGACAGUUUGAGAUUUUAUUCAAUACUUGGGUAUCGUGCUGUGUGCACAGCUCACUAACCAACUAAGGGUGCAACUCGCACUAUGAAUUGGUUUUAAUGUAUCAGCAAAACCUUUGUGCAUUCACUCUUCUGCUAUUAAUAAUAACGGACGAGUCUCAUGCUCACAUUAUUGUAUUUCUCAUUGCUGUCGGAAGCAAAUUGGGGAGGGGAGGGGGCUUAGCGUUUCGGAAGCCCCAGAAGAGUGUUUUCCGUGUUUCCUGCAUGAGAGGAAUUUUGAUCAAAGUUGACAAUGUGACGUUUUUUCAUUUAUUGUAAAUGUUCAAGACUUUGCUUGCAACGUUUGCUCUGUGGAAAUUUAUAGAGUUAAUUGUGGAGUGUAUUUUCAGGUAUUGGACCUGCCUCGGACACCGCUGCCAACCGUAUCAUGGAAUUGUCGAAAAAGAACAGAGAGUUGGCGUCAGAAAUUGAAAAGGAGAGAAGAAAAGCAAAACAACUAUCCAGAAAACUUACUGAAAUGGAAAAUCAAGUACGUGUGCCAAAUAUUUGAUGCAAGACGAAAAAUGUUCUCGAUAAAAUGCUCUUCUUUAAUUUCUACUCUUUUUACGUAGAAUUCCUCUAUGGCAGCACAGGUAACCAAGCAAUCACAGGGUAGCAAGGAUGCAACUGAUCAGGUCAGAACUGUUUGAUAAUGUAUGUCGUGUGCUAUUUUGAAGACCACAGGCCAAGGCUUAUGUUUUUUGUAUUUCUAUGUAUGCAGGAGAAAGGCAACUCCCAAGUGCUCGAAGAAAAAUUAAAACAAGCGAUCGCAAAGAUGGCUGAAUAUCGUAACCAGUGUGAGAUACUGAAGAAAGAAGCAAAAAUAGCGCAAAAGGUGAUAAAACGUAAAUUGUGAUAUUUCAAGGAAAUAGAUUGAAAUCUAUACUAUACAGUGAUUAUUUUCAUGCGGGUACAUUUUUUCACCUGUGCGCAAUCAGGGAUCGAUUCCUUUGCCUCAGUCGUGUGUGAGAAGGGAGGUGCCAGAUUGACUCUACCAUACACUGGAUGCAUGUUCUCUUCAGUUAUAUUAUUUGGUUUCUACCAGCAGUAAUUCUGAGCGAAUUCAGGUCAGUGUUGGCUCAUAUACUGCACCUCCAGGGCGGAGAGCAGUUUAGUAUCGGUAGAGUCAUCCAGUGUAAAAGGGCUAGUUUAUAUGAUUGGACAUACUCAUUAGUUAUUUUAUAAUGUCUAUGUCCUAUUAAGGUUAUUGCAAAAGAGUGUGGCGAAGGAGUCAAUGUGGCGGCAGUGCUAAAUGAUCCAAGUGGUUGGCGUGGUAGACAACAACAAAUAACAACUUUACAAAACAAGGUGACUGCCAUUGCAUGUAUGUUAACAGAAUUCUUUACUCUAUCUCAUCGUAGACCAUGGUCACUGUGGAUAGCUUACACGUAUAUAUCUGGUUCACCAAGUCAGGAACAAAAUCUUGUAUAAAUAAUAAACGAUAAACUAGGGCCGAUCGCCCGCCUGGCCCCACCCAAUAUUUCUUAAGGUCUCUGAAAGAUUCCUGGUAAGCUGAGUUGUAACAAUGUUUUUCAACGAUAAAAUUCUAAUAUCCAAAUAACAUAUCCAUUUUAGUUAGCAAACAAAUUUGCAUUAACCCAUUCAGCGCCAGCGCUCUCCCCUUGACGAGUAAAAUCGUCUGGCGUUAGACAGUAAAAUAGUCUAACGUUAGACAGUAAAAUAGUCUGGCGUUAGACAGUAAAAUAAUAAAGUAGGACGCAUUGGGGCGCGAUGCAACUCAAUGGGUUAAAUAUUGGCCAAGAGGACUAAAAUUUGCAACAACGAAACGUCGGAGUAUGUCAGUCAGCUAAUUUCUCACCUACAAAGAUGAGAGAUUGUAAUCGUGCGUGCCCAAAGGACAUGGAAAAUUACGUGCAGGUCGCGUAGUAUGAAAGUGAAAUGUACCAAAUACUGACACUUUCACGAUAUAAUUUGCAGCAACAAAAGUGUCAGAAUAUGGUGGAAUAUAAAUUCUUACCCCGAAUAUUUUGUGAAGUGCCCACUACUGGUUUGAUGUCUCAGCUGUUGGCUGAAAUAAAAUUUCUAUUCACAUGUAGGUAAACGAGCUGAAAGCGCAAUUAAAUGAUGCGAUGCGCUCAAAGCAAGGUCUGCCAACAAAUGGAAGUCAAAAUUUCAAUGCUCAACGAGUGAUGACGCCAUCAUUUCAUGAUGAAAAACAUAAACAGAUGUUGAGAAAGAUAGAGAAGAAUAAGAAGGAGGAAUAUGAGGUAGAUUUUCAUUAAGAAUACUAACGAGCAAUCUACAUACUUGCAGUAUUUCCUAUCCGCUUUUAUCCUAGUAAGUGUUUUUUCAAAUGACCAUACAUGUUCCAUGUAGUUUGGGCGCUUGAAAGUAUAGAGUAAAUGCAUCUUAUUGGUUUUAUUGGUCCCUCAGUGGUAGCGGUAGUGGAAGUCAAAUCUAAACUUACAACGAACCUAUAUAUGAAUACACCCUCAUCCAGUUAUUGCAUUAUCGACUUGUCGAGCUAUUAAACAAGUAAACUGUCCAGAUAAGUUCUUGUAAGUCGGAAUUUUUUAUUGCUAGAAAGUUAGCGGUGAACUUCACUUGCUGAAUGAAGAACAUCAAAAGCUGCAGACGAAAUUCGACGCGGCAAAAACACGCAACAAAAUAUUGACUAGUGAACUGAAGGGAUUAAAAGAACAAAUUAAAAUGUUGGUGGAGAAAGGUGCGCAUGAUGAUGAAUUGAUUGCCGCUUUAAUGGUAAGUUUAUAAGAAAUUUGGUACUAUUAGCAGUUUAGUAACAGCAUAUCGGGUGUACAAAUGAGAAUGAAUCACUGGGAAUCGAAGCCAAGGUCUCAUCGGUUUUCUGGUCUAACCUAUACCAUGCAGCACUCUCCAUAACCAUUGCCUAUUGGGAUGCCCGAUCGAGACACUUAGAAAUAUCACAUUGUAUGGCUUAACGUCGUCUUUGAAUGUCAAUUUUCCUAGAGAGAGCAAGAAAGACUCAAGAAAACUGUAGAAAAGAAAAAUUCUCAGAUCGCUGAACGCAGUCAGUCUCGACAGGAGAAAGUACAACAAGAUACUGAACUUGUGGCCACUUUAACUCAACUGUGUAAGGAAAGAGAAGAAAAAGUCACCCAGUUAGAACGCGAACUGAACUCCUUAGCGAUCAACCUUGCAGAAACACCAGCUAGGCAACACACCAGGUCUGCAGACAAAGCUACCAUAACUGAUGAACUGGCCAAUGAUAGGAUACCGAGUCCUUUACUAGAUUAUCAACAAAACAGCAGUGAAACAGUGGUUUCUAAAACCCACGAGGUGGAAGCACAACCACGACGAAGACGUAUUGUACGGUCCUCUAGUGGUAAGAAUUCUAGUGCCAGUGCCUUGCCACCCACUCCGCCAAGGUCAGGCAGUGGAAGAAGGAAAACAAGCGGCAUGUCAAGGUAUUGUUUGAAGGCUGUUCUAUAAUCACGGUUCAAGCAAUAUCAAUAAAAAUACUGUUAGAGUCAAAAUCACAAUGCCUACCCAUAGAUAUCUGAAAUAACAGGAAGAUGUACGUACAUAUAAACAAACAUAAGAUCCUACAGAUACUUCAGAUCAAUCAAAUCAACAAAAAAAAUCGAUAAAAAUAAACGAAACAAUGGUCAAGAUACAGUCAAAGAACCAUUAACCAAGGCGAUUGAAAUUGAGCAUGAAAGAGUAGUUUAAAAGAAAAAAACAAAAAGCAAUCAACGCAAGACGAAAGGCGCAUGUGCCAAAAUCCAGAUAUAAGCGGAUCUGCGCAUGUACGUAUACCUAGGGUAAUAGGGUACGCUGGUUACCCUUCGAGGAAAAGGUCAGCAACUUUGUACAACUCGAGAGUGGUAAAAAUUGAGCAGGCUUAUAACUUGAGAAGCGACCACUGAAGGGAUCUGCUGUUUUAAAAUUAUGUUGUCUUGCGACUUUGAAAAACUUUUGCGGCCCUCUAUCUUAAAGUUUGUAGAUCGAAAUUUAUCGUUACUAGUAAUUUUGAAUGAUUCUGUUUCCCUUUCGUUUCAGCGAUGGAAGAUACAUGAGCGGCAGUACACAGUUUGAGGAAUAUCAGACACUUUAUGAAGCCACGAAGGUUGAGCGCGAUAAACUAGUUGAACUUGUUGCACUUUUUCAACACAGGUAAUUUUGAAUUUUCAUCAGGAGUUCAGCAGCAACAUCUGCUGGAAAAUUAAUUUCUGAAUCCAAGGUCUUCGGUUUAAUGGUCGAACCCAAGGUCUUCGGUUUAAUGUUCCAAGGUUCUGCCUGAAAUAUUGUACUGUAACCAUGAGAUGUAUUUAGGUUUGUCUAUACCCACCGCCGGCUAUCCAGCUCGCGUACCGCAAGUAUACGACGAUCUUAGCACACAUGAUUUUCAGUAGCUAGUGAUGAUUGCUGGGUUCGAAGUAUCGAAGACCGAAAAAGUGUUUCAAAGGUUUUUUCUGCCAAUUUUCAAAGACUUUUGAGAGCAGCAUCUGUUGAAACAUUACGAUUGUAAGCGCUACUAUUCCCUUGUGAGAAUCCUGUAGGCUGUUUUCGCAGCCUAAAAAUCCUGCCGCAACCGAUCUAUUUUGGAAAUAGCAUAUAGGAAAUCGCAUAUAUCACAUACUGACUAUCCAAUUUAAAGACUUUUUAUUAAAGACUUGUCAUGCAAUUCAAAUAUUUUUCAAAGUUAAAGACCUACUUUCAAGGGUUUCAAGACCACUACUUGUGAUUGAUAUCUCAUGAAAUAUUGUUACAAUAAUUUCUAUAUUCCGCGUAAUAAGUAUUAUUUUUCUCUCUUCUCUAUUGUAGGGAAAAAGAAGUACAAGAGUCAACAUGUAAAAUAUCGAGUGAGGUGAAAACCUUGCAGAGGCAAAAUGUGGAACUUGAAAAGAGACUAGCUAGAGUUCAAGAACAGCGUUCAGCACAAGAUAAGAACAGUAAGAAAUAUCAACGUCAAAGGACUGGCACUAGUGAAGAAAGAUCAACUGAACCAUAUUAUGUUGAGGAACUUGAAACUCAGUAAGUGCAUUAACAUUUUACUUCGACUGCACCAAGUCUUCGGAUCUUCAGUGACUAUGUCGGUACAUCGAGAGACCUGAGUUUCAGUACAGUGCCCUAAAACUAUGCAUGAUUGAGCAUAAAGCACGAACGUGGGGCACAUGAAAACAGUGACGUCCCUGAACGAGGAACCGGAAAUACUUGGAGACAAGUAAACAUGAUUUGGUUUUACAAAUGCUGAAAAGAAUAAGUGGAUUGAUUGGAAUGCAUAUAGUUGUCUGAUUUUAAGUAAGCCAAAGACUCAUUUUAUUUAGGUAAAGGGUAUAGGUAUUCAUACCUUUAAAGUCUAUAGACACAUGGAUGUGUCGAAAGGCAACUACAAUACACCCUUUCGAUAAUUACGUCAUUUGGCCUGGGAGCCUCGCUCUCAUGAACCGUGAGCCAAUCAUCUUGGGUAAUUUACUAAUGAAGCGAGGCUCCAGGACCAAAAAGUAUUGUGACGUGAUUAUCGAAAGGGUGCAUUAUGCUGGUUAUUUUAGCUGCGCAUUCUAACACACCCCCCGCCCCCCAAAAUCAGAUGCAUUUCUUAUCUGAAAUAUAGCCUGCAGACUCUCACAGUUUAUUAUACACUAGGGUACUUUACGAUCAUUUUUUAUACUCAUGUGCGUGUUUAUAGGCUUGCGAUUCAAAAGGACGACAACGACGCUUUGAAGGAAGCUUUAGAAUCAACAUUAGAAGGAAAGAAAGAAGACUUUCAAUAUUAUCAAGAUAUUGUUGAACAAACAAAGAGAGUUUUCUUACAAGGAUUACAUCAAUACAGACAGACCUCUUCACCAACUACAACCUCAAGUGGCAAUACGCUGAGAACGUAAAUAAAUAUGUGCAUGUUAAGAUACUUUAAAAGUUAUAACAAGAUUGUACAGUACAUAUUUAUAUUAAAUCCACAAUUACCAAUUUGGAUUUUGUGGAAAAUAUACCACGCUCUGCUGAGCCUUAAGCAGCUGGAUUUAUGAAAAUAAGGAAAAUUAGAUAGAGUAUUAUUACAAUGAUAACAACGACA